GUUAGCUAGUUGUUAGCAGCUAGUUGCUUUAGCAUAGGAGUUCAACAGGAAACGCUGGAAGCUGACGCUACAACAAGCUGUCAGUCGAUGCAUCCGCAUUGUUUUAUUGGUUGUUUAUUAUUCAGACCCGACUCGACAGCAACUCGAUCCGAACAAUAAGGCUAACUGUUUGUGCUGUCGAAGCUGGAGAACGGUUCUCCUAAAUCAACUUUUAACAAAUUAGCAUGUGACUUACUUUGGACUGGGGCUCACAGCACAUGAUCUGGACAAGUGAGGGAAGUCGAAAUCAAUCCGGGUUGCUUUACUUCAGGAGUGGUGAAAAGCUUUGAAGAAGAGCCAUGACAACAAAAACCUCCUUGUUAAAAGUCAUCUUGCUGGGUGAUGGGGGUGUGGGAAAGAGCUCCAUAAUGAAUCGCUACGUCACCAACAAAUUUGAUGCCCAUCUUUUCCACACCAUCGGCGUCGAGUUCCUAAACAAAGACCUCGAGGUAGACAGCCGCCAGGUUACCCUGCAGAUCUGGGACACUGCGGGUCAGGAGCGCUUCCGCAGCCUGAGGACUCCUUUCUAUCGUGGCUCUGAUUGUUGCCUACUCACCUUCAGUGUGGACGAUCACCAGAGUUUUCUCAACUUGGGCAACUGGAAGAAAGAGUUCAUUUAUUAUGCUGAUGUCAAAGAGCCAGAAAAGUUCCCGUUCGUCGUCUUGGGCAACAAGGUGGAUGUGACGGAGCGGCAGGUCUCGACUGAGGAGGCCCGGCAGUGGUGCCAGGAGAAUGGUGAUUAUCCUUAUUACGAGACCAGUGCCAAAGAUGCCACCAAUGUAGCAGUAGCCUUUGAAGAAGCAGUGCGCAGAGUGCUGGCAGCGGAAGAAAGAACAGUUCACCUCAUCCCUACGGACACAGUGAAGCUCCACCGAAAGCCCCGCUCUGCUGCUGCUUGCUGUUAAAGGAGCCACCAUUUCAAAAUCCGUGAGAAGGAAGGAAAACAUUGGCGUUCAUUGCUGUAUCUUACUCAAACAAGGCUACUGACACUUUUUGAUAAGCUAAAGGCAAAGACUUCUGCUGAAACUUUCGAAAAGAAACACUAAAUCCAUACAUGUUCUUUUCACACAUAACCUCAAAGCACUGAUGCAUGACUUCGGCUCUGCCACAGUCCCAAAGGCAAGCUUUACUAGAAUAGGUGUUGAGAUUGUUUGCUAAAUCAAGAAAAAAAUGUGUAUAUCCGUAAAUUAAGUAUUCUUAAAUGGAUUUUUCCUUAUAAAAAAAAUGACUUGCUUCUCAAAUCUGUUUAGACGGGUACUGUGAUGAACCUGCGUCUAUUAUAGGGAUCCUGAACUUGGUUUAUGGUGGUUUCAUCACAAAUAUUUAUAUUUAAAAUAUACCUGCACAUAAAAAUCUCUAAACAUUGGAGUUAUGAAAUAGCUGUUGCACUGCUUUUUAUGACUAAUAAACGAAAGCUCAAUAUUUAAAAAACGAAGACUUGCUGUUAGUGCAUCAGAACAUUUGCUGUUGGAAGUUGAGAAUGUUCUGUAAAUGAAGCAAACAUCAGCUUAAAUAGAUUGCAUUUUGUUUUGAAAAACAUGAAUAUUUUUUAAGUUGCUUUUAACGUUAAAAAGUAACCAUUGGCAACCGCAGAAUGAAUUUACUGAAAUCAAGUGGUGGUUAUGAUUAUUGCUGUGUUCCUCAUCUGAACUCGAUUAAGCACUCUUAACUCUGUUUUAUGGCUUAAAGUCUUUGUCUGAAACAGAAGAUUAAACAUGAACUAGUCUAUUGGUUUAAAUGUUUCUUGUUCAAAUUAAGAUUCAGUUUUACUAGUAUAUGCUGAAUGAUCAAUAAACACCCUUGAAAGUGU